GCUCUUCUCACCACCACACCACCGACCCAAGUCGCCGUGCUCGCACCGCGCAUCCACUCGCUCUCCGUAUCCUCGCCGUCGCUCCGUAACUAAUCUCAGUUCUCUAUCGACCACCGUUUCGACAUGCCUCGCUACGCCUUCACCUUCGCCCUCGCCGCAUCGGCCGUGGCUAUCAGCGCCAAUGCGCAGGCGACCUACACGUAUACCUCUGGCACCCCGCUCGCCAGCAAGGCCUUCUCCUACCCCGACGGCAUUCCCUACCAAGCCGACCCCGACAAUGGCGUCCGUGGCACUCAGUCCGGAUACAACCUUUGCAACUCGACCACGGAGGGACAGUCCUCGAUGUGCCAGACGGCAUUCAUCAACUCCAUCGACGACUUUUGCCUGUGGGCUCCUCCUUCUGGUCCUGACACUAUCGGCGACACUGAGCACGAGGAAGUCGCGUGGUGCACCAAGCCCGGACGUGGAACUCGUGUCAUCCCCGAGGGUGCCCUUCAGGGUGUGCAGUUUAUGAAGACCCCCGACUAUCUCCAGGUGGUUGGCUUCAUUGACCAGACCAAGAUCAACAUCCCCUCUGACGAUGGCGGAGGAGAGCUUGACCCCCAUGGUGCUGACUUCCGUGGUAACCCCCUCGGCGGUCUCGUGUACACGACCGGCUUCCCUGCCUCGAAGGGCGACAACAAGACCUUCAUCCAGGUUAUCGAGUGGCACAACUUCAUGGGUGGCAACCAAUUCUGCUUCAAGAUCUGCGACCCCGCCGGCGCGCACGCGGCCGACUAUUGCCAACACAUCUACGACCGAAUCGGCUGCAUGUACAACGCGCCGAACAACGCCCAGAACGGGACCUUCACCUCGUGCGAGGGCGACAACCAGGACUUCCCCGGCGUGUACACCCAGGACGGCCAGGUGAUGACCUACACCCAGCCGCCCGAGUCGCUCGGCGCGAUUCAGACGAUGCCUUACACCGCGCGCGUUCCCGCUUCCAGCAACUGCGCGACCUAUUCGAGCGCGCAACUGUUCGCUGCCGCUACCUCCACUGCUGCCUCUGGAUCGGCGGCUGCCACCGCCAAGGGCUCUUCCACCGCCUCCGGCUCUGGCGCUCAAGCGUCUCAGACCAACACAAGCAGCGCCGGCUCCCUCGCCGUCAGCGGAGUAGCCGCCGUAGUUGCUGCCGUCUUCGCCGCCGCAGCGUUGGCCUAGGCUGGCUCUCGCGUUGUGGGGAACGGACUUAGCGCCUCCGCACGCAUCAUCCAACGGCAUGUAGGUCGAUGAGAUGGACUAUGGAUUGGAUUAGACGGUGUCUCGCGGACGCGGACUCGGACUUCACGCUUUCAUUCACACCUUUACGCACACCUCCUAUGACCGCGCUCCGGGAGUGUUAUCGUAGUUGGCCCUUAGCUUAUCAUUCGCGUCGGUGCGCGAGCCAAUAUCAUAUGUUUUCCAAGACUGG